GGACUCCAGGGAUGUGAUAUCUACACCACCUAAUAACUGUACCUGGUGGGGAUAUUGAAUAAGUCUGAGAGUGCUGUUAAGUUUCUCAGAACAGAGUCAUCUUUGCGGAUGCAAUUGCAGAACAGGAAACAGACUCAGGGAGAAUUUUAGCCCCCCAAAUCUCAUUGGCUAUCUGCACAAGCCAAGCCACAACACUCACUCCUGCAACACAACGGAUCCCUUUCAGUACUCGCAGCCGUGGACAGCUCCCUCACCUCGCGGUCGGUUCCUCCGCAGUGAGCCGAUUCGCGUUGAGCCUGCACGGGUCGGUGCAGCCCCAGCCCCCAAAGUCUUCGGCGGCGCGCAGAGACCACGCGCUUCCCCCCCGCCUCUCGGUGCCCCCGCCCCUCGCUCACCCAGGCUCACUCCAGCAGCGACUUUGAGGGAUUCCCUCUCGGGCGGCCUCUGCAGCAGCACAUCUGGCCUCAUUCGCUGCACUGCGAGCAUGGAUCUCCGAGGAAGAGCCUUUUCCAGCGUCUAUAGACUUCGAGUUCUCUUGAUGCUGUUCCAUACAAUGGCUCGAAUCAUGGCAGAACAAGAAGUGGAAAAUCUCUCAGGCCUUUCCACUAACCCUGAGAAAGAUAUAUUUGUGGUGCGGGAAAAUGGGACGACGUGUCUCAUGGCCGAGUUCGCAGCCAAAUUUAUUGUCCCUUAUGAUGUGUGGGCCAGCAAUUAUGUCGAUCUGAUCACGGAACAGGCCGACAUCUCACUGACCCGAGGAGCUGAAGUGAAGGGCCGCUGUGGCCACAACGAGUCGGAGCUGCAGGUGUUCUGGGUGGAUCGCGCUUACGCGCUCAAAAUGCUGUUUGUAAAGGAAAGUCACAAUGCGUCCAAAGGACCCGAGGCGACGUGGAGGCUGAGCAAGGUCCAGUUUGUCUAUGACUCCUCAGAGAAGACCCAUUUUAAAGAAGCAGUCAGUGCCGGGAAGCACACGGCCAACUCACAUCACCUCUCUGCCUUGGUCACCCCAGCUGGGAAGUCCUACGAGUGUCAAGCUCAGCAGACCAUUUCACUAGCCUCCAGCGAUCCACAGAAGACAGUCACCAUGAUUCUGUCCGCGGUCCACAUCCAGCCUUUUGACAUCAUCUCUGAUUUUGUCUUCAGUGAAGAACAUAAGUGUCCAGUGGAUGAGCGGGAGCAGUUGGAGGAAACUUUGCCCCUGAUUUUGGGGCUCAUCCUAGGCCUUGUCAUUGUGGUAACACUGGCGAUUUACCACAUCCACCACAAAAUGACUGCCAACCAGGUGCAGAUCCCCAGGGACCGAUCCCAAUAUAAGCACAUGGGCUAGAGGCCAUUAGGCAGGCAGCCCCCAAAUCCCCCUAUCCCAGCUGGAUCAGGUAGAGAAACAAAAGCACUUUUUCACCUUGUACAUGGAAAACACCAACAUAGCUACAAUGCAACAGGCCUGGGUGUCCAAGGCUUGCUUGGCCUGCGUCCAUGCUUAAACCCAGGGAUGCGUGGGGGGGAUUCUUUUGGAUUCAUGGGGUAAGUGGCAGAUGUUCUCUCCACUCUGGGGAAUGAGGAGGGAGGGGUCAGCCAGCCUUCAUGCUCAUGGUGGCUUGGGUUUGACUCUCCAAGGAGCAACACAUACAACUCAGAGGAGUAUCUGGCUUGAAGUUUAAGGAUUGAAAGACACCUCUUUUGGAAAGACACCCCUUUGGGUUCAGAGAAAUAGGGGGUGCUUUUUUCCCUUGGCCUACCUUACACAGUUGUCGAUGCGCACAAAGUACAGCCUCAUGCUCCCUACAGCAAGACCCCUGAAAGUGAUCCUUGCUUCUGGCUGGCAUUCUGCAUGUCUAGUGAUUGUCUUGGGAAUGUUUCACUGCUACCUGCACCCAGUGACCUUGCAGCACAAGAACCUGUUUAAUGUAACUAUGCAGAGCUGUUUGGACUUCAUAAUGUGUCAGGUCCAAGUAAGGGGACCUGAAGAUCAAUUGUGUGAGUUUGUUUUUCAAAAUGAAUUAAAACACACUACUGUCUAACAUUUGGCUGCUUUCUUGAAACAAGAGAACAAAACCUAAAAUGGUUUGUUUGGCAUCCAGAGAAGAGAGGGGAAUGUUGAAGAUGGGCUUUCAUUUCUGCAGGGAAGCAGAAAGAGGAGGUUGGUUUUUCCAGUGAAAAACAUGAAAUUACUUUGCAAAGAUAGUUUUAAAUAGUGGCACUGCUUGAACGAUUGGUCUAACAUUGUUUUUGAUGCUUCCUGGUCUUGAGUUUGGCAUUUCACUUCAGAAUAAAAAGCUGGUCUGAACAUGGUAGCCUUGGUUGAGUUAUAUUUGAAAUAAAAUAUAAUUUGCUGAAA